AUUGAUAUUAAUUAAUCGAGAGGCUGUGAUGAACGAACUUUAAGCCCUGAAUUUAUUACAGAAGAGAUUGAAGACAUGAGUAAUUCAGAACCAUCCCGAAUAAAACAUGAGGAUGUUGAGGAACAAACAGGCCUGAUGGAAGUGAAAGAUGAAAGUGAAAAUCUAUAUGAAGUUGAAGAGGAACAUUGCAACAUCAAAACUCAGAGUUUUUCAUUGAAGAAAAAUUCCAAACAGCAGCAGAAAACACACAAUGAAGUGAGAGAUCAUGUGUGCUUUGACUGUGGGAAGAGCUUUACUAGAAGUGUCGGUCUGAAACAGCACCAAAGAAUUCAUACUGGAGAAAAACCUUUCAAGUGCUCAUACUGUGACAAGAGUUUCACUCAGGCUGGAGCUCUGAAACCACAUGAGCGAGUUCAUACUGGAGAGAAGCCGUACGCCUGUACUCAGUGUGAGAAGAGUUUCAGAAGUAAAACUGAUCUCAAGUAUCAUCUGCGCGUUCACACUGGCGAAAAGCCAUAUAACUGUGAUCAGUGUGGUAAAGAUUUUAAAUCAGUACCAAUUCUAAAAGAACACCUGAAAAUUCACUUAAAGGAGAAGUCUUAUUAUCCAUGUUCAUAUUGUGGUGAGUUUUUUGCACGACUGGAUCAUUGUAAAAGACACCAGAAAAAACACACUGGUGAGAAGGAUCAUGUGUGUUGUGACUGUGGGAAGAGCUUUACUAGAACUGACAAUCUGAAAAAUCACCAAAAAAUUCAUUCUGGGAGAAGAUAUUUCAAGUGCUCAUACUGUGACAAGAGUUUCACUCAUUCUGGAAACCUGAAAAUACACGAGCGAGCUCAUACUGCAGAGAAGCCGUACUGUACUCGAUGUAAGAAGAGUUUUAGAUAUAAAAGAAGCCUUCUGACUCACAUGAAAAUAUGCUGUAUGAAGUUGUCACAAUGAGCAACUUCAUUAUCAUGUCAAAUACAUUAAAGUAAAUUGUGUGACAUUAACUAAAUAUGGUGUUGUUCCUAAAAGCAAAAUAUCAUCUAGUUCUACUUUGUGAUUUUGGUGAAACGCUUAGAGACCUAAGCUAUAGUUUAAGGAACUAAAGUGUUGUUUGAAGUGUCAGAAUUUUUUUUUACAAUGUCUAA